AUGGAUGAUGAGACAAUUACGAAGUUUAAUGUUCGAGUACUUGACAUUGCCAACGAAUCAAAUGCACUAGGGGAAAAGAUGUCUGACUCAAAACUUGUCCGGAAAGUUCUUAGAUCUCUUCUUUCUAAGUUUAACAUGAAAGUCACUACAAUCGAAGAAGCCAAUGACUUGUCAACAAUGAAACUAGAUGAAUUGUUUAGGUCAUUACGAACCUUCGAACUACACUUGGGAGAAGAUACAAUCAGAAAGAAAUUUGGACUGGCUUUAACCUCAGUAAAGGAAGAAUCGACAGAAGAUCACAAAGUCUCUCUCAACAACGACUCUUUAGUCAUCCGUGGUAUUGCUGACAAAUACCGAAGGAAGGACCACGAACGAAGUGAAAAGGACUAUGGCCCUUCAAAAUUUGAGAAGAAUGACAAAGGAAUCAGAUGCCAUGAAUGUGAAGGGUUUGGACAUAUUCAAACCAAAUGUGCAACUUAUCUCAAACGCAAGAAGAAGAGCCUUGUAGCCACGUUCUCUAACGAAGAAGAUUAUUCUGAAAGUGAUGAGGAAGAAGUUGGAAUGGCCUUGAUCAGUAUCAUCAAUGAAAAUAAAGAAGAAGUAGAAAAUGUGAACGCUCAAACGAUCGACCAACAGGAAUCAGUGUCAGAUGACUCUCUCAACGAAAGUGCGUUAAAAAGGAAGUGGAAGCAUAGGACGGAAAAUGCAGCCUUCUUCUCGAAACUUAGAGAACGCAAUGUAGGAUCACUAGUGUUUGGUGAUGGAGGAAAAGGAAGAAUUGGGUUGUCUGCAAAUCUGAUCAGCAUUAGCCAACUAUGUGAUCAAGGAUAUCAUGUCAGCUUCAGCAAAGACAGAUGCAACGUGGUUGAUAAUCAGAAUAAAAUCUUCCUCAGUGGAACCAGGCUGUCAGACAAUUAUUAUCACUGGGACUCAAAGGUAAGUAUAUGCAAUCUGUCAAAAGUAGAGGAAGCGAGUCUAUGGCACAAGCGAUUGGGACACAUUAGUGGAUCAUCCAUUGCCAAAGCGAUUAAGGCUGAAGCAUUACAAGACUUCCCACCCUCACUUUCAAAUCACAAGAAUGCUGCUCAUACUGCCCUAUUGGGAAACUAG